UCCUCACAUUUGGGUGUGGGAAAACUUUAAUAGAUACACAGAGAGAGGAGGUCCUUUCUUCUUCCUAGCUGGUGACAUUUUUUCUUUAAAUUUGUUGGCGGAAAUAACGGUGGUUUUUGACGGUGGUGCCACUGGUGGUUGCCGGCAAUAUGACAUAAAGUCUAUAACGUUGCCGAUCCAGGGUUCCACCUAAGGAGUAAAGAUAUAUCAACCUCAUUGCCCGCCUUUCUAUCUUCUUAAUAAAAAUAAAGCUUUCCUUCUUUCAUCUUCUUUGUCACUUUUUGUUCAGGUGGAGUUGAUGUGAUUGAUAGAAAUGUCUUUCAAGAGCAUUGUUCGUGAGAUGAAAGAUGGGAUAGGGAAUAUAUCAAGGAGGGGAGCAGAAAGAAAGCAUUGGAGCAACAGAACCCGGUCACAUAUAGUCCCUGAUGUGGCCCUUUCUGAUCCCAUUGAACAAGGGCAAUGGGCUAAUUUACCACCUGAACUUCUUUUGGAUAUUAUCCGCAGGGUUGAAGAGAGCGAGGCAUCAUGGCCGGCUCGUUCUGUCAUUGUCUUUUGUGCAUCUGUUUGCAAAUCAUGGAGGGAAAUUACAAAGGAGACUGUUAAGACUCCUGAGGAAUGUGGUAGGCUUACCUUUCCCAUUUCACUCAAGCAGCCGGGUCCCCGUGAAUCCCCAAUCCAGUGCUUUAUCAAACGGGACAGAGCUAAUUCAGUUUAUCGCCUCUACUUUGGCAUGACUCCAUCUGAGGAUGAGAGGGAUAAACUAUUGUUGGCCGCAAAAAAGAUCAGAAGGGCAACAAGCACAGACUUUGUGAUAUCACUGGUUGCAGAUGAUUUUUCUCGGGCUAGCAAAACGUAUGCUGGCAAGCUGAGGUCUAACUUUCUUGGGACCAAGUUUUCCAUAUAUGAUAGCCAACCUCCAAGUGAUGCAGCCAUUCAGCAACCUGGUAGACUCAGUCGGAGAUUUCAUGCAAAGCAAGUUUCUCCAAGAGUACCUGCGUGCAACUACAGAGUAGCUACCAUUUCCUAUGAACUCAAUGUUCUUCGUACAAGAGGACCUCGGAGAAUGCAUUGCGCCAUGCACUCUAUCCCUUUGUAUUCAAUCCAGGAAGGAGGCACUGCUCCAACACCUAUAUCAUUCCCACAAUCUUUUGAUGACAAGUCAUUUUCGGCACCACUCUCAAAAGCAAAGGAGUCAGCUACGGAUAUCAGCUCAUCUGGCCUUUCAAGGUCAGCAGUGACGGUGACUUCUCAAGAGCCGCUUGUGCUAAAAAACAAGGCUCCUAGGUGGCAUGAACAAUUGCAGUGCUGGUGCUUAAAUUUCAAAGGCCGUGUUACUGUGGCUUCUGUGAAAAAUUUUCAGCUAGUGGCAGCAGUUGAUCCGUCUCACAAUAUACCAGUCGCAGAACAAGAAAAAGUAAUUUUACAGUUCGGCAAAAUUGGAAAAGACAUCUUCACCAUGGACUACCGCUAUCCGCUUUCUGCUUUCCAAGCUUUUGCAAUCUCCUUGAGCAGCUUUGACACCAAACCGGCAUGUGAAUGAUUUCAUGCAGAUUGUAAAUCAGGAUAAACUUCCUUUCUUCUUUUUGGGCUGCUUCAAAAUGUUCCGAGUUCAUGUUCAAUCUCUGAGAAAGUUCUCACUGCACGGCCCUUUAUAAAAAUGAGAAUGUCAGUUGUGCCCGGUGUAGUUUCUCUAAUAGUAGUAUUCUCAUGCUUACUGUUUCCUUGAUCUAAAAUUAUCCUUAAGCUUGUAAAUUAUCAUUCAGCUUUAUUCCAGUUAAUUAAGAAAUUUUUUUUGAUCUA